AUGAAAAUACUAGAAUCGCAACAAUCAGAUUUAAAGAAGAAUAUUAAGGAAGUGCUUGAGUGGAAAACUUUAGAAGAAAUAACUGAUUUAAUCAACAGUUUUAAAACUGAAGCAAGGAACUGGCAGGAGCACUUGAAAUCUAUGGAGAUUGAACUUCAGCAGAUAUCUAGGGAUGAGGAGCGAGUAUUGGAAGAAACAAGCCAAGAGCAGAUGACUCUUGGAAAACUUCAGAAAGAGGAAGAAGAUCAUAAUACUCGAAUAGAUGCACGCAAUAAGAAUCUACAGAGAUUGGCAGAAACAUUUCAAAUAAGAGUAAAAGAAGAUACAUUUUCUUCAGAAGUUCUUGUCUCAAAUUUAAUGCAUCAAGUCGACGAUAAAAUAAGAGAGUCAAAGGUACAGUUUGAGCAGUUACGGAACAGGUUUCAAAGAGAAGAGCAGGAACUCCAAAGUAAAAUAGACAUUGCUAGAGACACUAAAGCAAAGCUAGAGCAGGAAAUCACCUCAAAAAAACGACAAGCAGAAGAUAAUAAAGCUGAAGAAUGGAGUGUCAAAACAGAAAUUGAAGAUAUAGAGAAAUCUGGUGAAGAACUUGUCAAAUUAGGAAGAGAACUGGAGCAAGCAAAAACUAACUGGGAAACUGCUUGUCAAGAACUUGAUGAAGAACAGCUGAAAAAAGAAAUUAGAGAUCAGCACCAAGAGAGCAACAGGCUGGAUGAUAAGCUAGUUAUUGUGGAUAAAGAAGUUCAGACAUUGCAGCUGUUGAGUAGUGAGCAGGGAGUUGAAGCCGCUUCUGAAGCUGCUGAACUUGCAUAUGAACUGAGUAAUAAAGUCAGUGAAGUCCCAGCACGCCUUCAGGACAAUAAGAAAGAACUAGAAAAUAAGCUAAAGGAAUAUGAUAAACUUUUGCAAAUGAAACCUGCUUAUGAAAGAACUGAUAUCAUGCGCACCAAGGAGAUACCAGAAAUGAAAGAGUCACUUCAUCAAACAGAAGAGGCUUUAGAUGCAGCUCGGAAACAGAUUAAAGAUUUGAAGGAGCAGUUACUGGGUCCAAAAGCAAAGGAGCAGAUGGCAAAGGAUAUCCAAGGAGAUGUAGUCCGCAUUGAUCAGUUGCAGACAGAACUGCGCCGCAUAGACAAAGAAAUUCAGGAGCUGCAGUCUAAGAUGCCCACAGGAUCGUCACGCUCCAUGGAGGAAGCCCUGGCAGAGCAGGAGGAGCUUCGAGCACAAGUCAGUGCUAUUCAGCGUGCACUCCACAUGAAGCAGGAGUCACUGAGAAGGCAUUCAGAGAGAGUCAACCAGCUGAGGGAGCGCAAAAAUGUACUUAUGGAAAAGAAAUUGAAGCUCGAAAGUGGACAGCAGAAACGUCGACAACUGGAGGAACGUUUGCAGAGUUGCAAACAGCUGAAAGCAAGAGAACUUGAAGAUAACAAAAUAUUGAAGGAGAAACAGGUAGAAGCUGAAGAACUGAAGAGUGUAAUAGAUAAAGUAAAACAGCGCCUUG